AUGAUGUCCACUCAAACCAUCCGCUGCUUGAAGAAACCACCCAACCAUUACUCUCCGAACACUCAUUCCCACCACGAAUACUACCACAUACUUUUACAGGAUCAUUUGAAUUCUAACCGAAUUCAUUCGUUGCAACUCAUUGAGCCUUUGGUGAGUGUUGAACCACCAGUGUUAUUUCCAAAUCAUUCAAGUCAUCAUCCUUUGAGGAGUGCAAUUCCAUCUUGUUCUUCCUCAACCACUUUAUCCAAUUCACGUCCUUUCAAGACGAUUGAUCUUCUCUCAUCAGCCGCUCGCUAUGAAAAGCCUUUCAUUCAGACAUCUUCAUCAUCGUCGGGAAUCACUCCUUCUCAAGGCUUUUCCUUUCAAACGACAAAUACUUUGCAUUAUCAUGAUGGAGAAGCUCUUGCUCACCAUUCAGACACUCAUUCUCAUUCAGAAGAACACGCACAUGUUUCCUCUCUGAGUCCCAAAUCAAAGUUUUCUUCAACACUUCCUUAUUUUGUUCAACCUUUGAAAAAGAGAAAUCGAGAGAGUUAUGAAUCUUUGUCUAAUCAUCAUCAUCAUGGCCACACCACCACAAAGAGUUUGACACCUCCUCCUCAGCCAGACGUGGUGCUUAAUACACCUCUUCAAAAGCAGGCCAAACAAGGUGAGAAUCAAACACAAUCACUUUUGGGUCGCCUUUCACCACAGAUUCCUGUUGAACAUGAGUCGUCGAAUAGUGAACACGAAGACGAUUCCACUUCAGGAUCCUGCUCGACGUCGUCACAUGAUCUAAAUACCACUUGUGACACUACCAAUGUUGAACCUUCCACUCAAUCCUCCUCCUCCUUCACUGUACAAUAUGAAACUCCAAAACGAAAAUCCAAUCGAGGUAGAAAACCAAAAGCAAGAAAGGUCAACGUCAAUGAAGGUCCUUGGACGGAGGAAGAACAUGAACAAUUUCUGAAAGGCUUUGAAGCAUGUGGAAAGAAUUGGAGUAAGAUUGCUGAUUUGUAUGUGCCUUCACGACGAAGGACUCAAAUCGCGUCACACGCUCAAAAGUGGUUUAGAAAACAAGAUAAAAAGUAA